UCGCAAACGCCGCUCUCGUUCUCGAAUAUAGUGUGAAAGCUCAGCCGCCCACCGCCCGCCGGAAAAGUCUCGCGAGUGUCCCGAAAAAUCGAGUUAACCCCCCAAAAAAAUCUAUCAAAUAAAAUCCUAACAAAAUGAGCAAGUUCGCUUGGGUGACGCUGACGACAAAUGACACGUACUCACUGGGUGCCUUGGUCUUGGCCCACUCACUGAAAAGGGCCAAGACCGCCCACCAGCUGGCCGUUCUGGUCACGCCCAAUGUCUCGCAGGCGAUGCGCGACCGACUGAAGGAGGUCUACAACGUGGUGCAGGAGGUCAAUGUGCUCGACUCACAGGAUGCCGCCAAUCUGGCGCUCCUCUCCCGCCCCGAACUGGGCGUGACCUUCACAAAGCUGCACUGCUGGCGCCUCGUUCAGUUCGAGAAGUGCGUCUUCCUGGAUGCGGACACACUGGUCUUGCAAAACUGCGACGAGCUGUUCGAGCGCGAGGAACUGUCGGCUGCUCCGGAUGUCAGCUGGCCGGAUUGCUUCAACUCCGGCGUGUUUGUGUUCAAACCUAGCGUGGACACCUUCGCCCAGAUCACAGAGUUCGCCGUGAAGAAUGGCAGCUUCGAUGGCGGUGACCAGGGUCUGCUGAACCAGUUCUUCGCCGACUGGUCGACGGCGGACAUCAAGAAGCAUUUGCCAUUUGUGUACAAUGUGACGGCCUAUGCCUCGUACUGUUAUCUGCCCGCCUUCAAACAGUUCAGAGAUAAGAUUAAGAUUUUGCAUUUCGCCGGCAAGCUGAAGCCCUGGCUGAUUCAGUUCAAUUCGGAGACAAAGGUGGCCAGCGUUUCGUCGGAGUAUGCCCAUGCCCAGGAUCUGAUUCAGCUGUGGUGGAACAUCUUCUGCGAAAAUGUCAUUCAGUCGCUGUCCACCGAAAUGUGCCUUUGCCUAAAUAUAAUACGCACGCAAAGUGAAUUCGCGGCGGACGAGCUGCAUCAGCGGCAGCAGCAUGAGUUCUACCAGCAGCAGCAGCUGCACCACCACCUGUUGCAUGUACGCCAGUUCCGCGAUCCUUGGGCAGAUUACUAUGAGAAUCUGGAGAAGGAGCUGCAGGAGCAGGAGCAACAGCGCCACCAGCACCAGCAGCAGCACCACAAUCCCAGCCAGAAUCACAGCCAGGACAAUGGGAAUGCGGAUGCAGCUGCGAAUGAGAACGAUAGCACGAUUGCAAAUGCAAAUGCCACUGACUGGCAUCAUGACGAUGCAUGCCACCCAACUCCGCCGACGAGUCCUCCGCCCCAAGUCCAAAACCAAGUCCACAAUGCCAAUGCCACUGCCAAUGCCGAAGACUUUGCAUCCGUAGAUGUGAAUAGCAAUGAGCUAAACAUUUCACAGCCACCUGAACACGCCUCCUACUCCUCCGACACAGCCACGCCCACUGCCACGCCCUCGCUAACGCCCACGCCCACGCCUCAUCAUUCCGUGCAUAGUCAGACAGUAGAAAAAGCGACAAGCCACCAACAAGAACAUGAAGUUGCAGCCACAACGCCGCCUGAGGCUGGUCUGGCUGGUGCUCUGUCACAGCUCCGCAUCGGUCAGCAGCGCACUCCCGAACAGGAGGCCUACGAGAACCAGAUGCGCCGCCAGUGCUGGGAGUCUGGACAGAUCGACUACUCCGGCGCCGAUUCGUUCGAGAACAUCUGGAAGAAAAUCUCGCAGACGCUGGAGAGGAAGACCGAGAAGGAGUCGGAAGAAACUGGUAGCUCAUAGAUACAAAACCGAAACUAAACAGAACAAACAAAUGCAAAUCGUUCGUUAUUCGUCGUUUUGUUGCCAUUUUUUCUUGUACACGCACACACACGUACACACCCACCCCCUCUUCUCCACCCAAAAUGAAACCCCCACACACACACACAGACCACACAAUCGUAUUUCAUCCCCCCCCGACCCUUUGGGAUGCAGACGCACUGUUGCCAAUGUCAAGGAGCCCACGGUCUAAUUGAAAUUUAAGGUUUGGCCAAAAAAUGUUGUCGAAACGAAUUCUUCAGAGUGUCAUAAAUGCAAUUUUUAUUUGCCUCCCCUGUUACAGCACACACACACACACGCACACACGCAUCUUGUUAAAAAGAAUGAGCGAGAAAGCACAGAAAUUUUAAUUAAGUUUUCAAAUUAAACUUUUUGCACUGCUGCUACUGCUGCUGCUCUCGACAUACGUGAUGUGAUACGAUGUGUAUGUGGGCGACACACUUGGCACAGUUGCCCCAAAGCCGCCCUCCCCCUCCUCUUGCCCCGCCCAGCCCUUGGACAAAAUCGAGAAAAAAUGAGCACACUUGGCCCGGCCACAAAGUUUUACACUUCAUUGUGUUUUAAUUGAAAUUUUUGUACUUUCACCCACUCGUGUGCUUACCGAUUUAUGGCGAUGACUUUCCAGCUCAUCUGCAUCAAAACUCUUUGUGGCAUAAAGGCCAUUUCCUGUCCUUGCCCCCCUCCUACCCUUUUCCCCUCCGCCGCCCAACACAUAUGUACAUAUGUUUUUCCUAUGAAUAAAACGCAAACAAUGAGUGUAUACAAUAACUCUAGAAAAGAUAAACGAAAACCAUUUAAAAUAAAGUAAAAAUCAAAAAUGAAA